AUGAAGCCCCCCGGAAAAUGCCAAGACGCUUCAUGGUGGGAAGAGUACUUCCUGGAACUUGAUGCUUUCGGCCGGUUCUUUCUUUCAAAUCUACCCAGAGAUUAUCUUUCAUUCAGCGUUGCCUCAAAUGAGUGGCCUAAGCUGAGACGAGCUCUGUACCAGAUGACGGAAACAUCGUUCUUCGAGUUUUGUUGGGAUGUGCGGGAGGAAAUGUUGAGGAGAGAGAACGAUCUUCGAGACGGCUUGUUCUUCUUGCCACCGCGCAAAAAUGCUUCACUUGGAAGAAAUCAUAUUCGGAAAAAGCUAUCAACCUUCUCUUCUCGUCGAUUCGAUUCUUUAUGCCUCCAUAUUUGUCGAGAAAUUGGACGCCGGUCAUCCGCAUUGACGAGGAAGAAGCAACUGGUGAAGGACUUGAAGGUUACCCAAGGGUUAGCAGCACACCGAGGAGAUCAGAGACACUACACAAUAGAACGUGAAGAGGUUGAGGAUUUGUCGAGCUUACUCGGAAACUUUGGAAUAAAUGAUUAUUUAUCGUCUUCAGGAUUCGAUACCCUUCUCUUAGUCCACCCAUACCACGAUUUCGACGCCAUGCUAUCCACAAUAUACUCUGUUGUCAUCUCUAUUCUUCAGGAUAAAUUUCGAUAUACAGCUCUACUAUCUUAUCAAGGGGAUGCCGCUCAACUAGUUCUUGAUCUUUUACAGAUGCUAUUAGAUUAUCCGAACGCAACCCUUAUUAUAAAAAACGCUCUCUUGAAUGCCCUGUUGCUCCUGAGUGUAAAAUCCGGGUUGUAUCCUCGAUGUUUCGCCCUCACAGGAAUAAAUCUCGAAGAAGAGCUUGUCAAGUCGGGAAGUUUCGGAGAUAUAUGGAAAGGUCGCUUCGAUGGGCAGGCGGUAUGCCUGAAGGUUGUUAAGAUUUACCAAAAUUCCCGGCGAGAAAGGCUCCAGGUUUUCCACAAGGAGGCAAUCGUAUGGGGUCACGUUUUCCAUCUAAACCUCCUUCCCUUCUAUGGUGUUUAUCAUCUCGACGAUCAGUACCGCCGUAUGUGUCUCGUCUCACCCUGGAUGGACCACGGCAACCUGGUCGAGCACUUGAAGAAAUAUCCAGCAACACGCCGCCUCCCUCUGGUGUCCGACGUUGUCGCUGGUCUCUCAUACCUACACGAGAAGGAUAUCGUUCAUGGCGAUCUGAAGGGGGCUAACAUUCUCGUUACCGACACAGGUACAGCAUGCUUGUGCGACUUCGGGCUUUCUAGUAUUGCUGGGAACGCCAUGUCCACGUAUGCACCCUUCGAGACCGGGAGCGAUAACAUUUGCGGGGGUACGGUGCGGUGGCAAGCCCCCGAGCUGUUGGAUCCCUGUAUCGACGACCCACGAAAGAGCCCAGAGACAGACGUCUAUGCGUUCGGUUGCGUAUGCUAUGAGAUCUACACCGGCAAGGUUCCCUUCUACGAAUUUACCUUGGACGCAACGGUCAUACUGCAAAUCAUGCUCGGCGCACGCCCUUCGACUCCUAUUCCUGAAGACCCGGCUUUCGUCGAGAGAGGGUUGACGAACGAGAUAUGGCGGCUCGUUGAGGAUUGCUGGGCACAGAACCCUACUGAACGUCCGUGUGUGGCGCAGAUUGUCGCUCGGCUACCUCGGAGAGACGGGCCUGACCCCUGGUCAGUGCGAUGGCUGGAGGUGUCUCGUGCGUCUCGCUUCAGGAAUGCUGUGUACAGACAAGACUGUCUGUCGAUGGGAGUUUUGGAAACCAUCCUAGCAUGGAUAUAA